CCUUUUCCAUGAAUAUGAUCUGGAUCAAAUAAUCCCUAUAAAUAUAAGCCCAACACAAGUAAGAUUGUUGGGUGGACAAAGUCAUGCAAAAGCAAAACAACCGGCGAGUCUUUUUCUACCCGAUCAGUUUCUCACCGCGCUUCCAUUCAAAUUCCGCAAGCCAUUUUUCCAUAACACUAGAGACUUUCCGACGAGAUAUCUACCGUCCAAUCGCCGGGAAAGAACGACUAUUCGGACAGACAUCACUAGGUCGGCCACUUCAACUCAAAUUCGAGAUCCCUUCAGAGUUUCUAGCCACCUCCGACGUAGAAACAUGCCGUCGACACGUGUCUUUUGUUUUGGCGGAUGUUGAGCCAAGGAUUCGGGAGAUCCUGGUUUUGUAUGGCAUUCAACUGAUCGGAGAAAGUAGAGGAAGAGCUUUCGAGCUCAAAGCCGAUGCGGAAGAUGUUGAAUAUCACUUGAUGGAAGAAAUUAAAGGCUGGACUACUUGUAUCCCGGCCAAAUCGAUUACUCCGGUCAACGAAUGUACUAUAUGCCUUGAGGAAUUAUGCGACGACGAAGAAUCUAUAGAGACACAUGAUUGUUGUCAUGUCUUCCAUAAAGUCUGUCUUUGGCGCUGGAUUCGGACCAAGAGCUCUUGUCCUCUUUGUCGUCAUCCUAUAUAUUCAAGACCCAAAUUUUAGGAUUUUACAGCUUUUUUUGUGUAAAUGUUCUGAUUAAUUAGCAGAGGAUUCUACUUGGGAAAAUCCUACCAAGAAAAUAUCUCUUAUGUAAAAUAUGGGAUAAUUAAUUUAUUAAAUAAAUAAAAUCAACGAGGCCUAGUUUUAUAAAAAAGACAGGG